AGGAAUUUGGAGCCUAUUUUUCGUUAGGGAUGCAUGACCUAAAUUCCUCACCUCUCGCUUAUUCUGUCCCUCGAUCCUUUGCCCAUCACCUAUCAUCUAAACUAAAUAGAAAAACCGCAAAAAAAUCAAUCUUGGCUCCGGUCAGUUCCCCGUUUCAAUCGCAUUCAUCCUUCAGUUUUAUUAAUUAUUCGAAAAAUUCAAGAUGACGAUCGCUUGAUAUCGUUUUUUUCUGUAGAUCCAAGGGGGCAGGAUUCCGAUCCGAUCUUCAUAAGCGCUGGGGGCGAAGGUUAAAGAUCGUCUUUUCCUGUUUGCCUUCCUCGUCUGUGUAUUCCUCAACUUGAUGAUGCAGGGAAAGGAGGGGGUUGAUCGCAGCGUCUUGUGAGUCCUGUCCUUUCCUAACAUUGCAGAAUUACUGCAUUAGAAGACUGAUCUAGGCAACUGCUAGACCUUGGACAUUGGAAUAAGGAAUCAAUGACUGCAUUGAUGUGAUUAAAUUACAAAAGGGGUUCCUAUCAGUGGAUUACAAAAGAUUUCCCAAUUGGUCUUUAGUUAAACUGUAGUUACAAAAAGGGGUGAUCAAUUUACACCAACUAAGAGAUAAGAGAGUUACAGAAGCGAUAGAAGCAAUUCUAGUCUUGUUCCUUAUCUGUAAAGACAGAGUUCUGCUCAAGCCAAGUAGACCAAAGGAAAACUCAAAUCAAAUUUACAAAUGAAGUUUGAAAUAUACUUUCUACUUUAGUUAUUUUUCAUGAUAUUGAAGUAUCAUAAUUCAUAAAUCAGUCAUCUGUGUGCGCACCAAUGAUAAUACUGAUAAUUGAAGGUCCUGAAGCAUAUCUAAAUUAUGUUGAUAAGUUUUACUGCUCUUAUUUCCUUGGCCCUUUAUUUUGGUUAAUUGAUGUAAGCACUUCAUCUGUUUGAACAUUUUCCUUUUUGUUCGACACUCAUCUGUUUCAGGCACGGUACACUCUUUGAUGUGUUCAAGUAACCUAUGAAAAACAUAAUUGAAAUUAACUAAAUUUUGAGCGAGAAGUUAUCUACAGGCCGGAGAUCACCUUGGGCGAUUUCUAAACAUGGACGCCAAAGAGGCUGCUCUUACUGAAAACCCACGGCGUCCUUCUAACUGUUGCAAUCCUGUCAAACAGCUUGGACCUAUCUCCCUAGAACAUGUGCUCCUAGCAUUGCGUGAGUCCAAGGAGGAGAGGGAUCUUCGGAUCCGUAGUCUUUUUAGUUUCUUUGAUGCUGCCAACCUUGGACAUCUUGACUAUGCUCAGAUAGAAGCUGGAUUAUUGGCUCUACAAAUACCUGCUGAGUACAAGUAUGCUAAGGAUCUGUUGAAGGUCUGUGAUGCCAAUAGAGAUGGCAGGGUAGACUACAAUGAAUUUCGCCGCUACAUGGAUGAUAAGGAACUAGAGCUCUACCGAAUUUUUCAAGCGAUUGAUGUUGAACACAAUGGAUGUAUUCUUCCAGAAGAGUUAUGGGAUGCUCUUGUUAAGGCUGGUAUAGAAAUUGACGACGAGGAACUUGCACGUUUUGUGGAGCAUGUUGAUAAAGAUAAUAAUGGAAUCAUAACUUUUGAAGAGUGGAGGGACUUUCUUCUAUUUUAUCCACAUGAAGCUACCAUUGAAAACAUAUAUCAUCACUGGGAAAGGGUAUGCCUUGUAGAUAUUGGAGAACAGGCUGUAAUUCCAGAAGGCAUCAGCAAGUAUGUCCAUCCUUUCAGGUACUUCAUUGCUGGAGGUAUAGCAGGAGCGGCUUCUCGUACUGCAACAGCUCCUCUAGAUCGACUUAAAGUGGCUUUGCAAGUACAGACAACUCGAGCAUGGGUUAUACCAGCUAUAAAGAAGAUAUGGAAGGAAGAUCGUCUUUUGGGAUUUUUCCGAGGUAACGGGCUAAAUGUUGUAAAGGUUGCACCUGAAAGUGCCAUCAAAUUCUAUACUUAUGAGAUGUUAAAGGGCAUGAUUGCGAAUGGUGAAGACAAGCAUGACAUUGGAACUGCUGGGAGACUAUUUUCUGGUGGUAUUGCUGGUGCGGUUGCUCAAACCGCUAUCUAUCCUUUGGAUCUCCUGAAAACUCGGCUGCAGACUUUUUCUUGUGAAGGCGAAAAGGUUCCGAGGCUAGGAAAACUUACAAAAGACAUAUGGGUUCACGAGGGACCUCGGGUCUUCUAUAAAGGUCUUGUACCUUCCCUUCUUGGCAUUAUCCCUUAUGCUGGCAUUGACCUUGCUGCCUAUGAGACCUUGAAAGAUGUAUCAAAAACAUAUAUUCUUCACGACUCUGAUCCUGGACCUCUCACUCAACUGGCAUGUGGAACAAUCUCCGGAGCUCUUGGAGCCACAUGUGUUUACCCAUUGCAAGUUAUUCGGACGAGAAUGCAAGCCCAAAGUUCAAACAGAGGAGCUGCUUAUCAGGGAAUGUCAGAUGUAUUUAGGCAGACACUGAAGCAUGAAGGAUAUGGUGGUUUCUACAAAGGUUUAUUGCCCAACUUACUUAAAGUUGUGCCUGCUGCAAGUAUUACAUAUUUAGUUUACGAAAGGAUGAAAAAAUGGCUGGAACUUGAUUAGGCAAGUCGGUGUAUACAUGAAAUGGUAUUAUGGUUAGAGGAUAUUGACGAAAAAGAUUAGUACCCAAAAAAGGAAAAAGAAAAAAAGGAAAAAAAAAGGAAACAAAAAGAGAGAGAGAGAGAGAGAAGAAAUCAUAGUUGGCAGAUGCCAAUUUGCUGAUUGAGAAUUCGAGGUACAUUAUUUGUGGUCAGGAGAUGUAACCUCCAGAAUUUUUUAAACUACGAGUAAUAAUGGGAAGUGAUUGGUGCUACGAUUGUUGUAGCUUGCAAACGACUAAUAGUUCAUAUAUUGGCAAAAUAAUUUUCCA